UGCCCGGCCCGCCGUGGAGGCCUCCAGCAAAUGGCGACCCAGGCCCCGAGGGCCGACCCCCGUGCCACCCGGGCUCGCGUGUCUGUGUGUUGGGGAGGGGGGGUGAAGCCGGAGUUAAACUUAGGGGGCCCCAGGAACCUCGAAACCCUGGCUUCUCUUUCCUUUUGCCCUAUAGAAACUUGCUUUGUUUGGGGACAGACGGGUUAAAGUAAGACUGGGAGGCAUCAUCAACUGUCUCCACGGGAUGAGUUAAGUUGGUAACUUUUCCAUUCAUGGAAGUGAGAGGAUCUUAGUCUUAGCCUCAGUCCCUACUAAAGAGAAACAUCCUGAUUUUAUAGAUCUGAGGCGUGUGACCAUUUCCAAGUUAUUUGUGUCCUGUCUUGUGGAAAUGCACUGCUUGGAAGGGGGCCAUAGAGUGCACAUUGAGUUUAAUCUCCUUUGAGUAUGUUUUUUACACGUGUAUUUAGAGAAUAGAGACAGAACAGCGUGUUGUUUACCAUGGGGUACUCCAGUCCCCUCUCCCUGUGUCUUGUUUUUCUUUCUGAGCCAUGUCGUAAGUCUCGGAUAAAAGAUGCUUGGGAAGGAAUUGACCUUUUAUUCCAAAAUUACUUUGUUGACUGGGAUCCAAGAUGAAGUUAUUUAUGGGCAUGCUGGUAUCAGAGUAGAUUAUCUUAAAACUGUAAAUACAAAACCCCAAGCUUUCUUAGCUUUUCAUUUCUAUUUGCUACAUUUCAGUACAGUUUUGUGUCGUUUAGAGACCUAGUAAAUUAUAUUAACAGAAUUUUUCAUUUGCUCAUAUUUAUUAAGCUUUUCCAAAGUUGUUGACGGGCAAAAGGGAGAAGAGUAGCAUAAAGUGUAAGAUGAGGGUUUUUCUAAGGGUUCAGUUUUUCAGUAUGCAGUUUUCGCUGAAUCACUGUUCUUUAUGCUUGGUCACUGUUUCUUACUACAGAAGUUUAAUUGGGGAUAAUAUGGUGUUUUGCUAACUUUUUAAAUUGUCAAUUUGUUUUUAUCUGGUAGUUUAAUGCGGUGACUUAGCUUUUUUGGUGUGUGAUUCUGGAAAUGUUAGUGGGUGGAGUUUGGUGAGUGUUACCAGAGAACUGAAGUUUCCGAUAUAGGCAAACUUUUAUGCAUUCCAAGUGUGCUGGAUAUUUAAUUUCAAUCCAGUAUUUCUCUAUGGUUAGCAUUGGAGACUUUAAAAAAUAUAUACCAAGUGUCCUAAUAAAAUACGCUGUUGAACAAAAAUAAUACGUAUUUUGAGAUAAUGUAUAUAGUUAGAGAGGUGCUUUAAGGUCACCAAAAUAGGCCUUUUUUUAAUGUGUUUACUGUCUGAUGUAAUAUAUUACUGAAAUGUGACUUUUAAUGGCAUCAGCCUUAUGCUACUCUAUAUGGUUUUUGAUAAAUUUUUAAACUAAGUUACCAUGACUACCGUGCUGUGGAAUGACAUUGUAUAGGUAGAAUUCAUCAAUAUUAAAGUCUUCAGUCAAAAGGCUGUAUAAAAUAUUUAAUUUCAAAUUUAUUUUGAUGAAAUAGGUGGGAUUGACCUUGGACUGGUGGUUUUUACACUGUAGAUAGCUAGAGAGUUAAAUACAGAUGAGCAUCUCUUAAUUACAACCCAGUCUGUGAAAAUCUUUUACAAAAAGGGUAUGUCUUUUUCUUAAGAGUGGGUAAUGUUAGCAUCAGGUAGUUCCUCAUAUGAUUGCUUUUAAUCAGCUUGCUAAGUAUAAAUGACCUGAUGUAAAAAUGAUUGUACGUAACGGUUUGUGCAUGCGGAUGUGGCGGUUCUGUAAAGCGGGGUGCGUCUGUUUUCUGAGGAAUGCGUGUUUGUAUCUUACUGGACACACGCAUAUUAUAGCCGACUUUUGUGGAGUACGAGGUUGUUUUCACAGCACAGUAAUUGCCUCAAGGUCACAAAGCUGAGAUUCCUUGGAAGCCCGUAUUCCCCUGUGCCAUGCUGCCCCUUUUAAUAAGCUGAGUUCCACCAUUUCGGUGGAUUAUUUUUAUCUGAGUCUCAGCUCAAAUAGCUUCUGAGCUGGACUGGCCAUUAUGGAGGAGGAGCUGCAGCACUCUCACUGUGUGAAUUGUGUCAGCAGACGGUGUAUGACCAGACCAGAGCCUGGGAUUUCCUGUGACUUGAUAGGUUGUCCAUUGGUUUGUGGAGCAGUUUUCCAUUCUUGUAAAGCUGAUGAGCAUCGACUUUUAUGUCCAUUGGAACGAAUGCCUUGCUUAAAUAGUGACUUUGGAUGUCCAUUUACAAUGGCUCGAAAUAAAGUUGCCGAACAUCUAGAAAUGUGUCCUGCAAGUGUGGUGUGCUGUACUAUGGAGUGGAACCGAUGGCCAGUUAGUUACGCAGACCGGAAAUCGUAUGAAAAUCUAAGCAGAGAUGUUGAUGAAGUGGCACAAUUAGAUAUGGCCUUGGCCCUUCAAGACCAAAGGAUGCUCUUAGAGUCUCUCAAAGUAGCCACCAUGAUGUCAAAAGCAAUGGAUAAAGUAUCAGAACCUAGAGAACAGAUCUCAGUUCAAUCAAGUGUCCCAGAAAUACCACAUACUAAUGGUUUGGUGUCUGUUGAUGAAGACUCUUAUGGUGCACUUUAUCAAGCUACUGUUGAAACAACCAGAAGUUUGGCUGUUGCUUUAGAUAUCCUGAAUACCGCCACAAGAGACGUUGGCAUGUUAAGUACGAGUCUUUGUGCUUCCCCAAAUGAAAUGAAAGAAGAAGAAAAUGGCAGAGAAAGCUUACAGAACAGAAACUUGAAAGACCAGGACCAUGUUUAUGAGGAUGAGAUAGGAGCAGUAGGUGGGAUUGACCAUAAUGACACAAGUCAGAAUGCCCAGUCUGAGCAAAAUGGUUCAAGUGACUUAUUAUGUGACUUGGAUGCCAGUUCUUACGGCACUUCUGCUCUUUGUAAUGGCUUCCCUUUGGAAAAUAUAUGUGCACAGGUCAUUGAGCAGAAUCAGAAUUUACAUAGUGACUCAAAACAAAGUAACUUAACAAAUAGAGAAUGUGUAGCAUCAGAUGGCCCUUCAGAACCUUCUAGUUCACUUUCAGUAGCAGCACAAGUUAGGGAAGUAAUACCAUCUAACGCUUUGCCUAAUGGCACAGUUCAGCAUAUCCUCAUGCCAGAUGAUGAUGAAGACUUGUGUUGGAAAAAAGUAGACUUAGGGGACCUAAGGAAUGUGGAUGUCUUAUCUUUCAGUCCUCCUCCUUCAUUCAAGUUUCUUUCUAAUUCAUGUUGGUCUAAACCAAAGGAAGAUAAAGCAGUAGAUACGUCAGAUUUGGAAGUUGCAGAAGAUCCAAUGGGUCUCCAAGGAAUAGAUCUAAUCACAGCAGCAUUACUGUUUUGUCUAGGAGAUUCUCCAGGUGGGAGGGGUAUAUCUGAUAGUCGCAUGGUUGAUGUUUAUCACAUCGACUUUGGGACUCAGACUUUUUCACUUCCGUCUGCCAUAUUAGCUACAAAUACAAUGGUUGGGGAAAUAGCUUCAGCUUCAGCUUGUGAUCAUGCCAACCCACAGCUUUCAAAUCCAAGUCCUUUUCAGACACUUGGGCUGGAUUUAGUAUUGGAAUGUGUUGCUAGGUACCAACCCAAGCAGCGUCCAAUGUUUACAUUUGUUUGUGGACAGUUAUUUAGAAGAAAAGAAUUUUCAUCACAUUUUAAGAACGUGCAUGGUGACAUUCAUGCUGGACUCAAUGGCUGGAUGGAACAGAGGUGUCCUUUGGCAUAUUAUGGUUGUACCUAUUCUCAGCGUAGAUUUUGUCCAUCAACACAAGGAGCAAAGAUUAUACAUGACCGCCAUUUGAGGUCGUUUGGAGUUCAGCCAUCUGUAUCUACAGUGUUAAUAGAGCCUGCUAGAAACUGUGUGUUGGGAUUACACAGUGACCAUCUAAGUAGUCUUCCUUUUGAAGUCCUGCAACAUAUUGCAGGCUUUCUUGAUGGCUUCAGUUUGUGCCAGCUCUCAUGUGUAUCCAAGUUAAUGAGGGAUGUGUGUGGCAGUCUUCUUCAGUCUCGUGGAAUGGUCAUACUGCAGUGGGGGAAAAGGAAGUAUCCAGAAGGAAAUUCAUCAUGGCAGAUAAAAGAAAAGGUAUGGCGAUUCAGUACUGCAUUUUGUUCUGUCAAUGAAUGGAAAUUUGCUGACAUCCUAAGCAUGGCUGACCACUUGAAGAAAUGCAGUUACAAUAUUGUAGAGAAACGGGAGGAAGCAAUCCCAUUGCCGUGUAUGUGUGUGACACGAGAACUCACUAAAGAAGGACGUUCACUUCGCUCAGUUUUAAAACCUGUACUUUAAAUACUGUAAUUCCACUUGCACAUACAUGCAAGCACCUAGUAUAACUUCUUGGUAAUAUGUGACACUUUAUUAAUGUAUUAAAGAUUACAACUAGCUAAAUUCAUUGUCACUAUGUAUAUAAUGUUUUGAAGUGACCUAUAUUUUUAUAAAGUACUGUUUAGUUGGAAAAAAAUUGCCUUAAUGUUUGAAAUGUGUGAAUUUUUUGGAACUUGCUGGACAGGGUGAUUUAAUUUUUAGCUACAUAAUUUUCAGAAUUAGUAUUUUUAGUGGUGUGCAUAUUUUGGUUCUUACGUUUUUUGCUUCUUAAAUAACAAGAUCCUGACCAAACAAUUUAUUCCUCAUUAUUUUCUGUGGGUUAUAACCUAUGCAUUCAAAAAUCAAAACUUUGAUUCUAAUUUUUACAGAUUCAGAAACAUUCAGAUUCAGAAAACAUUCAAUUGCUUAAACACUACAUAAGACCAUUAUAAAGUUUUUAUUUUCUAGUUCUCCCCUUACAUAAUUGUUGAUAUAUAGAUGAUCUCUAAUAUAUACAUAAUAUUUAAAAUCAUGAGUAAUGGUGAUAAUGCCAUUUAUCAUGUUUUAAAAAUAGUCCACAAAAAUGUUUCCGCCUUACAUAUUUACAACUCUCAUACAGAGAGUUGACCAUAUGCAGCUUUUUUUGGUUAGAUGCCACAUCCAGAGACUCAUGGCAGUGUCUUAUGUGACAGGUUAAAGCAAAAUCAACCAAAACAUCCUGUGAAUUUAAUUUGAAACUGUGUAUGGUAUUAUAUGUUUGCGAGUUAUUUGAUAUUUGGAGAGAAGAAAAUACAGUUGGCCCUUCAUAUCUGCAGGUUCCAAAUCCAUGGAUUCAACCAAAGGAUGGAAAAUAAUUGAAAAAAAAAUUCCAUGAAAUUUCAAAAAGCAAAACUUGAAUUUGCCACUCAUCUUCAACUAUUUAUAUGGCACUUACAUUAUAUUUACAAUUAUUUACAUAGCAUUUACAUUGCAUUAGGUACUAUAAAUAAUCUAGAGAUGAUUUCCAGUAUAUGGGAAGUAUGCGUAGGUUAUGUGCAAAUACUAUGCCAUUUUAUGGAAGGGACUUGAACAUCUGUGACUUUUGGGACCGUAGAACCAAUCUUCUGCAGAUACUGAGACGACUGUAUACCUCAUUUUAAGUUUGAAUUGGGCAUAUUCCGUGAAUGAAUUUCAGAUAUUCAGAAUGCAAAGGGCUUAACUUUUUAUCACAAGUGUUUAAAAUUUUUGCCUUUUGAUGUUUAUAAAAAUCACAAUUAUGUUGUUUUAAGACAUUUAAAAAUGUGACAUUUGCUAUCUUUGUAAGAUGACAGUCAUGAAAUGCAGAAACCUGUCUUGGUUGACAGUCUCUUUAAAACAUUUCCAGGUUAAUAUUCCAUAGACUUCUCUACCAAAAAAGUAAGAAUUGCAUCUUUGUGUAAAACCAAAAUAUAACAGAAAGAUAUUCGAAGACCUAUUCUUGAGGUAUUUUAUUAUGGUUUUCAAAUUGAUUUAUACUGUUAUUAACCUGAUAUGGUCAGUUUAGAAAAAUGAAUAUAUCAGUAUUAAGAAAUAAAUUGCAAAGAUGGAGACUUGUACUUAAAUAAUUUAGGUAACUUGUGGCAUUUGGUAGUCUGAAAUGGUUACAAGUUACU